CCAGUUCAUCCGCUGUGUUGAACAACAAUAUUUGACAAGGCCGCCAUAUUUGCAGACUUUGUAUUCCCAAAUCGGCCCCCCAACGUCUCCGCAUAUUGUUCUAGAGAGAGCUAUGCGGCGUUUGGUCUUGGCGGCGUUGGCUUUGCUGCUGUCUCCCCAGGUGACGAGCGGCGCCCGAGACGAGCAGCCGGCCUGCAGGCCGCUGACGGCCUCCUACUGCCACGAUGUGGGCUAUGGCACCAGUCGGCACCCUGGCGGCGUGCCGGGUUUCAACCUGCAGCAGUUGAGCCAGAUGGUGGAGUCGGCCUGCUCGCCCCAGGUGGCCACGCUCACGUGUCGCCUGGCGUUCCCGGAGUGCGGCGCGGAAGACGACGCCCGCAAGAAGCCGUGCCGAGCUUUCUGCGAGAAGGUCAAGACCGAUUGUGAGGGCGCCCUCAAAGCCAAGCGCCUGACCUGGCCCAGCAAGAUGCAGUGUAGCACGCUACCUGAGUCCAACUGUGUUCAGCAGCCUGACGUCGGUCCGACAUGCCAGAGCAUCACGGUCCCCUUGUGCAAAGACCUCUCGUACACGCAGACCGCCGUGCCAAACUCUCUGGGCCACAGGAGCCAGGAGGAAGCGGGCCUGGAGGUGCACCAGUACUACCCGCUGGUCAAGGUGCAGUGCUCGCCUCAGCUCAAGCCCUUCCUGUGCUCCGUCUACGUUCCGGAGUGCAUGGCGGGAAAGGCCCGGGCGCCGUGCAGAACUCAGUGCGAGCAGGCUCGGUCCGGCUGUGAAGGCCUGAUGAAAAAGUUUGGUUUCUCGUGGCCAGACAGUCUCAGAUGUGAAGACUUCUCGACAUAUUCAUGUGAGGAUAGCGGUGGCAGUUUCAGUGUGACGCCAGCAUGGGCGUGCCAGAGCAUAACAGUUCCCAUGUGCAAAGGCCUGGCGUACAACCAGACCAUCAUGCCCAACGUUCUAGGCCACAACACUCAGGAGGACGCUGGCCUGCACCUGAACUCUUUCUAUGUUCUGGCCAACGUGGAGUGCUCCCCCCACCUCAAGCCCUUCCUGUGCUCCGUCUUCACUCCCGAGUGCGUGGCGGGGAAAGCCAAGCCGCCCUGCAGGACCCAGUGUGAGCAGGUGCGCUCCAGCUGCGAGCAGGUGUUGAAGCAGUUUGGCUUCAGCUGGCCGCUAGCGCUCGAGUGUACCGUCUUCACCACGGAGUCGUGCCAACACCACGCCGUGUCCACUGGCGGCACCUGCGAGCCCCUUACCAUCCAAAUGUGCCAGGGUCUGUCCUACAACCAGACCAUCAUGCCCAACCAGCUGGGCCACGCCAGCCAGCGAGAAGCCGCCCUCAGGAUGUCCUUCUUCAACCUGAUGGUACAAACUGCUUGCUCGGCCAACAUCCGCCGCUUCCUGUGCAUGGCCUACGCCCCUCAGUGCGUGGCGGGCCGGAUGUGGCGGCCCUGCAAGUCCUUCUGCCACAAGGCCCAAAGGGACUGCGAGGGCGCCAUGAGCCAUUUCGGCAUCUCGUGGCCGGCCGAGCUGAACUGCGACGCCUUCCCGCGGGACAUGUGCGUCACUGACGACAUCAGGCCGGAGAUGCUGAACGCUGACCAAGUUCUGGCCAAGCUGCAGGCUGGAGGCUUCUCUGUUCGUGGCAAACUGCUGAGUCUCAGGACGGCCCGCAUGCUGGUGAAACUUGCUGAUGCAGACAAGUCCGGAGACCUGGACGUGGUGGAGUUCUUCAAACUGGAGCACUACGUGGCCGUCACCAGGAGGGAAUAUGUGGAGAGCUACGAGAGGGAGACGCCACCUUCUGUCAGGCGCGCUCAAAUGAUGAAGGCCGUGGCCGCGCGAGGCAAGUUCUUCCUUUAAAAAAAAGGUGUAUAAUGUUGUGAUUUGCUUAAGUAGUGACCCUUGUGGAACGCCGUCUUCUCAUGAUGUUGUCGACCUUUUUUGGUGUCCCUCUCACAGAAUUUUACUUGGAUGAGGACACCUUCCAGACGCUGUGGCUGGAAUACAGCAGCCGGGGAAAGAUCGAGUACGACGAGUUUGUGACUUUCCUGACGAGGCUUCAGAUCCUUAAAGAUCGUUUCCGGUCUCACCUGGUCAGUUUGCCGUGUGACUGCCAAGUGGCCAGCUUCUCCUUCGACCAGUUCAUCAAGUCUGCAGUGGUGUGAGCAUCAAAGGGGACAUGACAGACGUGAGGACCCAAGUUUAUUAGCACCUUAUUGUGAUAUUGUGUCCUUCCUAUGACUUCUGUUACACAUUAAAAGGAGUACAAAGUACAAAGUGGAGUGUA